AUGAGAGAUUUAAUUAUUAUUGUUAUUAAUGUUAUUCCAGAAAUGCGUUGGUUUCGUGGCCACGCCGAGGCGCCAAAACUUUUGAGCCUAAGUCCUCUUCAAGCUGACGAAGACCUUGACGGAGCAUCUUACCACUUUCAUGCUGCGUCUCAGUACAGAGAUUUGUCUCCGGUGCGAUGGGCUCGCCGGAAGUCGUCGAGCUCCGAGUCGGAGCGGAACUGCUACAACGUGCAGACGUCGCAGGUGACCACCGAGCGGAGUCCCACCAAGAAGAACAAGAAGAGAAUCCAGAAAGAGAGGCGGAGGGUCUGCGAGAAACGAAACCCGUUGUUGGACCGCGUGAAAAAUACCAGGUUGAGCUUCUUCAAGGAUCGAGAUUCGGACGACGAGGAGCAAGAAGAAGAGGAAGAGCCGGAGAAGCUGCAAUUUCGUUCCAUGUGCGAGUUGAACCAGCAUGGCCUGACCAGAAACGAAUUUCGUAGAUCGGUCUGUGAAUCAGAUUUGAAAGAGAUCAUCGAGGAGGAGAAAACUCAGGCAAAGAGGAAAAGACGGUCGAAAUCGCAGAGCAGAUUACCUCAUCGAAAACAGCAAGAGGAUCGCUCCUCGUUCUUGGGUCUGCGACCAUCCGCUGGUCACAAGAUGGCGACUUUGUCCAAUGACAUAAUCGAGGAAAGCGUCGGUCAACAGAAUCGCGGGUGGCGGAAGAGCAGAGAGUUCGUUCAAGAUCAUCAGACACCGAGGCGAUCCAUGGAUCACGUUCUGGAAGGUUCUACCAGCACCGAGGAUGGAACGUUCAAGGAUGGCUCUCAGUUUGACAGCAUAACACCAUCGAGCUGUUUGGCCGCCAAGUUUCGAGCAAUGCAGGACAGGUAUCUGAAAAGUUCCACCAGUAAGUUAAUAGCGAAGAUCUACAAGAAGGAGGGCAAGGACAAGGAAAGAAGAAGACUGAGGAGUUUCUCGUACGGCACUUUGCCGGGUCUCGAGGAGCUCAGAACGAAUCCCCUUUACGAGGAACAGGAUCAGGACGACAACGAUUCCGGUAUCCUGGACAACGACUCUGCCACCAGCUCUUUGCUCGACGACAGGUGCAGCAGCAGCGCCUCUGGAUUGUUAACCACGCUCAACGAUUCGUCCUUGAAUUCACCACCUCAGUUACCACCGAGGAAACCUUCGUCCUCCAUCGUGGACGUCGAAAGAACAGCGAAGAUGUUCUCCAGUUUGGACGUCUAUUGUGGAAGGAACGAGGGGAGAGGUUGCAGGAAGGACGUGUCCAGGUUUAACGCUCUUGAAGAUUCCUCGAGCCAGAUCUGUCAGGCAGCGAACAACGAACUGAUAGAUCGACAGGAUCGUGACAGCUCGAAAUUGUCCGAGGAGAAGAACGUGAUCGAGAGGUUGAACAGUAAAGACUGUUUAAGGUCGGAGAGCUAUCAAAGCUCUAGGCUUUCUGUUAUCAGGAACAGGUCUUACACCACGGAGACGAUGGUCGUGAAACUUCCUAGAGAGAGUUCGGAUCAGUGUUUGGGCAUCUUCAUCGCGAAAACAGCGGAAUCCAGUCCCGGUUACCUGGUGGCUCAUGUAGUGCCUAAUGGGUUGGCCGAUAAAGAAGGUACUUUGAGGAUAGGCGACGAAAUUUUGAUAGUUAAUGGGAAGAGGCUACGAGGGUUGAGCAUGGCCGAGGCUAGGAAGAUUCUUGGAAGCGGAAAUGGACCUGGCGACGUGGACAUCGUCGUCUCCAGGUACUCGGCUGUAGACCAGUCCUCUAAGAAGCUGACAGAGAGCAGCGUUGACUACGAGAACGUUCAUAUGGAGAAUGGCCACGGUGUCAUCGUCGAGAAUUCACCUGGUACGCACUUCAGAAAACAUCAGACGAAGCAUCAUCGGGACAGGAGGAACGAGUGUAACAGGACUGGUUCUUCGGACAAGGCUGUCGUGGAGAACGGUACGAGCUCUCAAAAUGUUUCGAAUUUUUGCACGCUGCCAAGGAGGCCUAGGAACACCGUCUCGACGUUCCUCACCGUCGUGUUUCAGAAGGGUCCUGGAAAGAAAUCGCUGGGAUUCACUAUUGUGGGUGGAAGCGACAGUCCUAAGGGAAGCAUCGGUAUCUUUAUAAAAUCGGUAUUGCCAGGGGGGCAAGCCGCAGAAGAUGGCCGUUUGCGAGCAGGUGACGAGAUUUUGGCAGUGAAUGGCCACGUCUGUCACGACUUGACCCAUAGAAAGGCCGUUCAGCUUUUCCGUAAUAUCAAAACUGGACCGGUUGCUUUGCACCUUUGUAGACGCAUUAAAAAUAAGGAACUACAGACGACAAAGGCUAAGUCGUGCGCAGACCUUCUACUCGUCGACGCGUGAAGAAAAUCUGUAUAAGAAGAUUGUAAAAACGAAGAAAAUACUUCCGUGACCGCUGUAAAAAUGAACUCGGGACCUGUACAUAUUGUAAAUUUGUAAAAUCUCUUGAAAUAAAACUAUUAUUUAAUAACUAUCGAAAAA